CAAUCACUUGAAUAUGAUCAAUUACAUUCUGCUAAUGUACAAGCUGAUAUACGUGUUUUACAAGAAGUAAAUUUAUCAUUUAUACGUCUUGUUUAUCUAUUCUAUACAGGUGUUGUACAUUAUGCAGCUUCUUUAGGUGGUUUAAAAGUUGAUGGUUGUAUGGGAAAAGCUCAAGAAAAUGUUAGUUUAUCACAAAGACUUCGAGCUUUACAAUCAACAACAAAUAAUCGAAAUACAAGAGCAUAUGAUGGUUCAUUAAUUCUUCAAAUUGGUUCAACAUCACUUUCUUUAAAAGAAACUCUUUCUACGUCUACCGAUAAUUUUCCAUCGACAAAUAUUCCAACAAUUCAUCCAUCAUCUUCCAGUACUACUUCAUCCAGUCGACAGAUACCUGUUCUUGAUAUAAUUGUUGGUAAAUCUCAAGCAUUAACAUCACUUCAAACACGUGGUAUUAAUUUAACAUUAAGUGGUGUAACAAAUAUUGGUACAAUUGCAAUGGAUGUAUCAUUAAGACCACAAGAAGUUCAUGAUCUUGUUAAUCGUGCUGGUCGUUUAAUAACAUCGUAUGUUCAAGAAUUUCUUCCCGAUGAUACAGAACAAACAUCUUCAAUACCAACAACAACUGAUACAGAUAAUGAAUUAAUUAAUACAAGUUUAAAUGAUACUAUUGAAGAACCUACUACACCAAUUCCAUUAGAACAAACAAUAACAAGAAAACGUUUAGGUACACGUCGCAGAGAUACAAUUAAUCGUAAUAUAAAUCCACGUCCAUUAGAAACUCAACAAAAUAUAUUUACAUCAUCGAAACGACCUAUAUUUAAACCUCAUCUAACAGCACAUUGUCAACGAAUGACAUUUUCUACAACACUUCUUUUAACAUUAAAAGCUCAAUAUAAAAUGGGUGUUGCCAAUAUUAGUGGAAUGAAAUCAUGUUUUACAACUAUUAUACAUAAACAUGCUUUACAUUUGUUAAAUAAUAAUAAUAAUCAUGAUCAUUAA